GGCGCAGUCCAAAGUUCAAGCGACGGCAAAACUGGCGGAAGUCAAGCUGGCGUGUUUUGUCCCGCUCCGUCGCGAAGAACACGUACGCGAUGCGCGGCGGCCCGCCACAACGAGAACUUUUGUGUCUUCGUGCGAAAAUCCACCGUAUAAGACCGCGCGCGACCCAGAAUCCAUUCCUCACAUCAAACUCCCACACACUUGAUUAGUUGAUUUCCAGAGCCUCCUCUGCUCUUCCGUUCCACCAGACACUAGUCUCUCCACCCCAUGGCGACAGAGACAGCGACCGUAGGGCCGUACAACGCCGCGGCGGCGGCCGGGAAGGAGGAUCCGACGAGGCCCCUCGCCGUCGCGUCCCCGACCGUCCACCCGGAGGUGACCGACGGCGCCGGGGACGAGGAGGUCGCGACCACCAGGCGCUGGCGCUCGAUGCAGUACCUCCGGAAGCGCCGGUGCGCGAUCUGGUGCUGCGGCUGCUGCGCCACCACCGUGGUCCUCCUGGGCAUCGCCGCCCUCGUGCUCGCGCUCACCGUGUUCAAGGUCAAGGACCCCGUCCUCACCAUGAACCGCGUCACGCUGGAGGGCGUGGACGGCGACCUCGGCACGGAGCGGCACCCGGUGUCCGUGAACGCCACGCUCAGCGCCGACAUCUCCAUCAAGAACCCCAACGUGGCCUCCUUCCGGUUCGCCCGCAGCGAGACGGACUUCUACUACGCCGGGGAGACGGUCGGCGUGGCGUACGCGCCGGACGGCGAGGUCGGCGCCGACCGCACCGUGCGCAUGAACGUCACGCUCGACGUGCUCGCCGACCGCAUCUCGCCCAACGUCAACGCCACGGACCUCAUCUUCGGCCAGGACUACAACCUCACGAGCUACACGGAGAUCACCGGGAGGGUGAACGUGCUCGGCAUCUAUAAGAGGGACCUCGACAUCAAGAUGAACUGCUCCAUCACGCUGGAGGUGGGGGCCUUCACCACCGUGCAGAGCAAAUCCACUAACUGCGUCGCAAAUGUCAGCUGAUUUCGGUUAGCAGGUCGUUAGCCACCUCUAUGGAGAUACGCAUGUAAAUCGUGUCGCUAUUAGUUCUGUGCUUUUGCCUUUCUCCUCUCCGGUUCUGUAUAAAUUAUAGACUGUUGUGUAAUUACAUUUUUGUUAGAGGCGAUUGACUGUCAUAAACGUCUGUCUUGACGCUCAACGGCUUGUGUUUUUAUGUGCUUUUCUGAAUUCUGAUGAGGGGAUACCUGUAAGAGCAGGCCAUAAUUAAUCAGCUUUCACCGUUCGUUUCAAAA